UGAGCUGAACUGUAUGAUGACCUACUUCAACAUGAGGACCCUUCUUGUCAGCUUUCUCAUGCUGUGGUUGGUCUGGAGUGUAUGUGUAUGGGCUGGCAGCAGAAGGAUACGACAGAAGCGUGCAUGGCUUAUUGAUUCAUUUACUAUUGAGGAAGAACACUCCGGUUUAUUUCCAUAUGCAAUAGGCAAGGUUGAACUCGAAAGAACUUAUAUAGUUCAUUUAAAAUUACACGGUCAGGGUGUGGAUAAAGAACCGAAAGGUGUUCUCAGCAUUACAGAUACAGGUGAUGUUUUAGUACAUAAAAAGAUGGACUAUGAAGAAGGCCCUAAAAUUCUCAGAUUGACAUUUGAAGCAAGAAAUAAAUCCAAUAAUGAAGUGGAUACAAAACUUGGGCUUGAGAUCAAAAUAUUGGACAUAAAUGACAAUGCACCACAAUUUCAAAUGUCAGUCUAUGAACAGACUGUGGACGAGUCACAUCCUGAAGGCAAAGAAGUACUGACAGUAUUGGCUACUGAUAAGGAUGAUCCAACAACAAACAAUGGAACAUUUGAUUUCACAAUCAAGUCUGUCACACCAAAAACAGAUGUUGAAUUUUACAUUCAGCAGCAAAAAGAAUCGGGCACAAUUUAUUUUAAUGGGUGUUUGGACUAUGAGAAAGCUCAGAAAUACACAAUCCUUGUUGAAGCAAAGGACAAAGGGGAAAAGAGACAGCUCUCAAGUACGAGUACAGUGAUAUUCAAUAUUGCCGAUAAUAACAACAAUCUUCCAAAGUUCUCUGGUAAAACUGGACCAGGAAAGGUCAAGGAGAGAGAAACUGGGGUUGAAGUUUUGCGACUGCAAGUAACAGACAAAGACCUCCGUGGUUCAAAAGCUUGGAAAGCCAAAUACACAAUUUACGGAGAUAAAAAGGAGAUCUUUAAAAUAGAAACACACCCUGUUACGAAUGACGGGAUUUUAACAGUUGUUAAGCCAACAGACUACGAGGAGCAAACACAUCACGAUCUGUCCAUCAGUGUGCAGAAUGAAAUUCCUUACUUUUCCUGUAAGAGUAAAAAGAGAGUAAAAAAAGAGCUUGACCAAAUACCCCAAACCUCUGACACUGACACAAGUGUCCGCUAUGACACCAUUGAUGUGACAAUUUAUGUUGAAGAUGUCAAUGACCCUCCGGUUUUUAUUCCUCCUGUUAAACAUGUUGUGGUAACAGAGAACAUAGAUGUAGGAACAAGUCUUACGACCUUCACUGCUAAAGACACGGAUAGAAGACACAUAAACACAUUUAAAUUUGUUAAAGGUGAAGAUAUUGAUGGAUGGAUAACUAUUGAUGCACAGACCGGAAAAGUAUCCACAUCUAAAAUUCUGGAUAGAGAGUCGCCAUUUGUGAUAAACGGCACCUAUAUAGCAACCGUACAUGCUGUGGAUGAUGGUGUUCCUCCGCUGACAGGCACUGGAACUCUAGUGAUUCAACUAAAUGAUCAAAAUGAUAAUGUACCAGAACUGGAGGAGAAUAAUGUCAGCAUUUGCCUAGACAAAGAGCUCGCAAUGGUCAACAUCACAGCUGUAGACCUGGACCUUCCUCCAUAUGGAUCACCUCUCUAUUAUGAGCUUUUGGGAGAUGUUAAGAACAAAUGGAGAGUUGAACCAGCCCAUGGCACAACGGUGAGUCUUGUAAAAGAGAACAGCGUGUUUUCAGGUCAUCACCUCCUUCAGAUUAAAAUCUCAGACCAGCAGGGAUUUUACUCCAUCCAGAACCUGUCGGUCACGGUGUGCGACUGCUCUAUCACUCCCAACUGCCGUGUCACGGUGAUCUCGAAGGCUCCGAUGGAAUCUGUUUGUGCAUGGAUGCUUUUUCUUUCAGUUUUGGUUCUCACAGGAAGAGCACCAAGCAGUGAAAAGUUGCCACCUCAGGGCAUAAAACCAUCUAGAAGAGAGGGCUCAAACCUCAGUGUUUGUGUCUAUCACAACUGCCUGCCGCUGAGAAAGAAGGUCUUUCCUCAGGGGGAUUUGCCAGGGAGGUGUUGACAUCAGGAACUGGGGUUUUACACCAUAAUAAAUGCACCAUAAUCAUCUCUCUCUCCACCAGAGACAUCCACUUAAGUCAUAUGCUCCACAUCGGCCUCAGACUGAGCUGCCAUACCUGAAGACGAGGGGUUAGCAGAGUCCUUAUCAUGGCUUUAGCCCAUUCUC